GCAUUUUUGGCAGAUUGUAGAAAUAUAGCAACUUCCGUCGGAGAUCGAGCACUCGACAGAGCGCCACAGGGCGGCGAUCGCGACGGAGAAAGAGCGCCCCUUCCAGAUCGGAGCGCCGCCUCGUGUUGGAUUCACUUCAUCCGACUUCAACUGAUGAUUAUGGAUGAAGCGGAAGAGGAAGCAAAAGCGCAGCGGAAGGCGGUUGUGCUGACAGCGCCGCUGGCUCUGGAGGGAGGGCUGGCGGCGGAGCACCGCCCGCCCAACCUCCUCAAGCAAGUCUUCAGCCUCUUCCGCAACGUACGGCCAGGAUCCGACCUCACACGCUUCCAGCUAUCUUCGCUCUUCAACAUGCCCAAGUCACAGCUUCAAUGCUAUGGAGAAACUGUUUACUGCUGUGGUGAGGACUACUUGCAAGAGUGUGCCCGAGGAAAGAGCAGCCUCGAAAGGUUUACCUCGGUCGUAGCAUGGAGCCUAUCAACCACACGGCCAGCAAUAUUUGGACAAGCACCUUUCAAUCCUAUUUUAGGAGAAACGCAUCAUGUCUCUAAGGGAUCCCUCAACGUGCUGCUCGAGCAGGUGUCCCAUCACCCUCCCGUCUCAGCUCUCCAUGCAACUGAUAGCGAGCACAAUCUGGAAAUGAUUUGGUGCCACAGCCCUAUUCCCAGAUUCCAAGGUACAAGCAUCGAAGCUACCAUCAAAGGAAAGAGGCAGCUGAGGCUUUUGGCCUCGGGUGAGAACUACGAGAUGGACUCACCGAACUUAUCGAUAAAACUACUUCCACCGACUGGCGCUGACUGGCUGGGGAAUGUCAGGAUCAAGUGCGAGGAGUCGGGCCUCCGGGCAGAUCUCUGCUACUACAAGAGCCAGGUGUUCCUCGGAUUCGGUGGGAGCUGCCGGUCCGUCAAGGGCACCAUCUGCCAUUCCAAGACACUAAAAACAAUUUACGAGAUCGACGGCCAGUGGGACCGAGUAAUCAGGUUGAAAGACGUCCACUGCGGGGAGGUGACGGUCUUGUACGACGCCAAGAAAGCGAUCUCCAAACUGAACACUCCAAUUCUGGUGGCUCCACAGAAGGUGUGGCCGACUGAGUCAGCGAGGGUGUGGGGCGAAGUGAGCCGGUCCAUCUUGAACAAGGACUGGGGAAAAGCUUCCGAGGCGAAGAGGAGAAUAGAGGAGGAGGAGAGGAAGCGACGAAGGGAAAGGGAAAUGAAUGGGGAUCACGUUUGGGUUGCCAAGCAUUUCUCGGUGGCACGCACCAAGGACGAAGGGUGGGAAUGUUGGCCGCUGGAGCAACUAGUCCCGCCAGCUCCUAUCAUUGUUCCCCCCUAACACAACGGAUCAUGAGUCUUUUUAUGUGAAAGUAAAUUAGAAUUGAAGUAUUUCAUCCAUAUUUUUGCGAAAGUUUCAGUUCCUUUUUAUGUUUUA